AUGGGAAGUAAUUUAUGUAAACAAGACAACUCUUCAUCUAUUAACACAAUUGAUAUAGAGAAAAAACCUGAAACAAUAGAUCAGCCAAAGAAAAAUAUUGCAUCUGGAGCAAAAAAUUCAUAAGUACUUACUUCUUAAGAUACUGGCCAAAUCUAAUAAAUUUAUCGGAACAUAGAAAUGGACUUAAAAAAAGAUGAUAAUGAUUCAAAAGUUUUAGGUAAAGAAAUUAGUGAAGAGGGUAAAAAAUAAAAAGGCUUAGAUAAAGGCUUGAAAAAUGAUGAUAAAGCCUUAAAAAGUUAGAAUAAAAAAUGUUCAAAAUGUGAUGACUUUAUUUCUCUAACAUUCGUCCAACUAAAUUGUAAUAAAAAUUGUUGCUAUCAUCAUCUUUGCAUGGAAGAACACUUAAAAAAAUUAAUUGAUUCUGGAAAACCAGUAAUAAAGUGUAAAUGUGGCACUAAACUCAAUACAAAUUGUCUAAGGUAAUCAUCAGUUAUAGGGAAAAUGAAUUUGCUUUCAAGACUAUUUGAAAAACAACUUGAUCUUAUAUUACAAUCUUCAUAAUAAAUAAGAAGAGAUGUGGAAGUUCAAAAUUAUGUCUAGCAAAAUCGCAUAUCAAAAGAAUUAUAAGACUACUUUUUAAUGAAAUAAGAUUCCUUAACUUAUGAGGAAACCCCUUAAUGA